AAAAAAUUGCAACACCUGGUACACCGUACUUGAACGUUCCCAAAUCUCUCCAACUUACACACGCUUGACCUCUUGCACAUCUCCUGCUGAUCUCCCUGCAAAUCUCCUCAGCUCGGAUGUGAGUUUAACUUUUCCGUUACCAUGGAGAAUACAUAUAUAAAUAGCUGGUCUGUCUCUCAAUCUGUCAUAUGUUCCUUUGAUCCUCGAAAUUCGAUCAUAAAUAUGUCAAAAGAUGAUCACGCAGAGUCGAUCUUGCCAAACACGACAGCAAGAGGCUGCGCGUCCGGCUUCACUCAACCUGUCACCACACAAGAUAUGCGCAAAGCCCUGGACUUAGUUUACACUGUUUACUAUAUUAACUGCGUCAGUCGCGAAGGUCCCAGGGUGCCGCAGAUCGUGUACAGAAACAGCACCGAAGAGCGAGACAUUGCCCGCCGGGUCUUUAUGUUUUACGUCGGCACUAACGGCCGAGAUUUCCUCAUGAACGGUUUCCACGUUCGGCCUCAAGGGAACACUCCGGACGAGGUUUACUAUAACCUGUUCGACUACAUCUAUUCUGCUGGUGCCCCUGUUGAUCCUAACGAGGUCACUCCUCGGGCCUUCUUGAGUGCCACGCUGAGCCCUAGCUUGCAUAAUCUCAUGGGCGACCUCCCAAUCGGGACAAUGGUGUGUCGGUACGAGAUAUAUGCUCCUGGCGGCAUCUUAGUCCGGGAAACUCUUGGUGAUCGACUCGGUUUCCGUAACCAAAGAGAUCAGAUAGCCUUUGUCGGUGGCAUUUCCCCUCGGUACAUUCGGGGUUAUCAACUCUUCACUGUUAGAGGUGAAAGCAGUCCGGGGCAUCCAAGACUGGAGAGGGCGGAUGAAAAUUUCAGGUUAAGUCAGUCUUUUAACCUGCAAACUCAUCCACCAGGGAACAUCACGAUUGAGAAUCCCAGUUAUUAUUAUAUCAACAGCUAUAAUGAGCGGAAACAACUGCAAUUAUUAUCUGGAAUCUAUCAGCCUCCCGGACCCGGCGAUCAAGACCCCUGGUAUAAACAUGAUGUGCUUAACAGAGUGAGCUAUGUAAAUGCAGCUUUCCGUGCGUACACGACAAAUAAUGCCUAUCUGUUUAUGAGGGACGAGUGCGUCUUGGUGAACUAUGCUCCGGGCAGCAGGGGGUCUACGCCCACGGACGUUCAUAUUGAGGAUGGACCGUUGCUCAUCUGCGACAGGUUUCCGGCUCUUAGAAACACAGCCUUCGGAGAACACGGAAUAGACUGCGCUUUCGCGGAUCACUUCAAGACGGAGGCUUACAUCUUCUCUUCGAAUAUGUGUGCGUUGAUAGACUACGCACCAGGCGGCACGUCGACAAGUAAUAAUUGGAUAAUGAGCGGCCCCAUGACGAUCGUCUCGAUGUUCCCAUUCUUCAAAGGCACACCAUUCGAGGAUGGCGUAGAUGCUGCAUUCGAGGCAACUGCAGUAAAUGAAGCUUACCUCUUCAGAGGCGACAAGUAUGUUCUUAUAAACUACUACGGUUCUACCGCGCAGAUAAUUGACCGUAUAAAGCCCAUAGCUGAUAAGUUCGGUGGUUUGACGGGUACCAUUUUCGAACAUGGAAUCGAGGCGGCAUUUGCUUCCCAUCGUCGUAACAAGGCGUAUAUAUUCAAGGGGGAUUCUUACGCACUCAUCGACUUCGCAACUGGCUCGAUCGAUGACAGCUUGAAGAAAAUUCUUCAGGAUUGGCCUUCUUUUUAUAACAUCUUGCCUCGCCGGAAUCGUGGUCUUGACAUUCAUGACCAUGAUCAUCACGAGCAUGGGAACGGUGGUGAUCACGGCCAUGUUGAGUUGAGAAAUAUUACUAUCUCACCCUACUCUAGUCUUGGAAGUGGCAUCACGGGCUCCUCAGCAGCUUCAUUGGAGAAAAUGAGGAGGCAAGUGGAUGAGUUGAACGCGACUGCGAACGAUGAGUGAAAGUUGCUGGCAACGAGAUCCACAGACGAAGGAAGCUCUUAGCGCAACAACAGAAGCAACAAGAGAGCCUAACCAGAGAAGAGUGCCUUAAUUUCCAGACUCAGUAAUUGGUUGAUCAUCCGGCAGGAUCGCAUGGGCUCUCACAAGGACAGCCUCACGUCUUAGCCGGUUACUCGCGACCACUUGAGGGGGACAAAGAGGAUGCUAAGGACGGACAAUCAAGAUGAGGACGACAAUGAGGGGGAUGGUGAUGACUACGAUGAUGGUGCUGAUGAUAACGAUGGCCCAACAAGGAAGAUAUUCUCGCCGACGAUUUAGGUAUUAAUAUAGGUUUGUAGAUUUAUGUUUUAUUUGAAGUUUUCAAAUUUAACCUUAUGUCGACUAUUAUUAAGGAUUUGCAAUGUUUUGUAUUUUAUGGAUUGCGAUGGAUUUGUGGAUUGUUGAUGAUUUUUUGCUAUGUGGAUUUAUAGAUGUAGGUAUUUAUGAAUUUAUGGAUUGUUAAGUUGUGUAACAUUAAAUAAAAAUACAUGUAAGUGGUAAAUUUGGCCUACAAUGGUCCUACAAACCUCCACUUACAUGUAUGUUUUAUUAGUCCU